GCUCAAGAUUUUUUCUUUGUGUCGUACACUUAAUGUCUAUAAAAAAAAAAUCCAAUAGAAAUUCUCCAACGCCCAAAUAGAGAUUCUCCGUAUAGAGAAUCUCCCGCGUCGAAUCUAUCGGCUCCCGCUUUGUCUUCGGUUGCGUCUGCUCUUCGCCUUCGCCUGGCGCAAAGAAAAGCUGUUGACCUUCCUCUGGCGCAAAAGGCCGCUCUCGCUUGACUUUUCAAAGUGCUCUUUUUGUUCCGUGCCCAUGGACGGGGAAAAAAGUUCCUGUGCAUGUUUCGGCCCCCGGGGGUUCAGCUUUUUCAUUCUUUAUUUGCCCGCCGUCAGUUGCGGGGAAAGAAAGAAUAACUCCGCACCGACCUGGCGGCCGGCGUAGGGGAAAUAGAGAAUAUUGCGCACACUGUGCGCGCGCGGGCUUCUUUUUGAGCGGCCAGACGUUCUUGUUCGCCGAUGCGCGGCAUCUGGCGGCGUGGCGGAAAUGAAAAAAAUUUCUGCGCGCUGCGUCGCGGGGGCUUUUUCUUGUGAGCAGCCGGGCGCCUCUUUUCGCCGGCCCGCGCACCACAUCAAUCUUGUGGCGUGCUGGGAUCGAAAAAUAAAUAUGAGCGCCGCUGCCAGCGCGCCGCGCUUUGUAGCGAUGCGGGAUCGAAUUCAAAAAAUUUUCGUGCGCUGCGCGCGCGCGAGUUUGCUUCUCUGAGCGGCCGCGCGCUCUCGUUGCAUGCCCGCGCGCCGCGCUUUGUGGCCAUGCGGAAUCGAAUUCAAAAAUUUUUGCGCGCUGCGCGCGCGCGGGGUUUUUUCUCUAAGCGGCCGCGCACCCUCGCCGCCCCCCCGUGCGCCGCGCUUUGCUGCGGUGCGUGUGGAAGUGAAUUCAAAAAAAUUUUGCGCGCCGCGCGCGCGAGUUUUUUUCUUUGAGCGGCCGGGCACUCCCACCGCCCGCGCGUCGCGUUUGGUGGCGGUGUGGGGUCGAAUUCCAAAAAAUUUCGUGCGCUGCGCGCGCGCCAAUUCUUUUCUUUGAGCGGCCGCGCGCUUCCGUUGCCCGUGCGCCGCGCGGGGUGGCCGUGCGGAAUCGAAUUCAAAAAAUUUUCGCGCGCUGCGCGCGCCCGAGUUUUUUUCUUUGAGCGGUCGCGCACCCCCGUCGCCCUCCCCGCGCGCCGCGCUUGGUGGUGGUGCGUGCAUGUGGAAGCGAAUUCAAAAAAUUUUCGCGCGCUGCGCGCGCGCGCGUUUGUUCCUUUGAGCGGCCGGGCACUCCGAUCGCCCACGCGCCGCGUGUUGUGGCGGUGUGGUUCGACUUCCAAAAAAUUUCGCGCGCUGUGCGCGCGCGAGUUUGUUUCUCAGAGCGGCCGCGCACCCCGGCCGCCCGAGCGCCGCGCGUCCCUUUUGGCAGGCGAUGGGAAUGGGGCCGAAUUCGAAAAAAAUUUCGCGCGCUGCGCGCGCGCGAGUUUUUCUCUCUGGGCGGCCGCGCACCCCCGUCGCCCGCGCGGCGCGCCUGGUGGCGAUGGAUGUGGAAUCGAAUGCGAAAAGUUUUUGCGCUUCUUUUUCCUUGGCCGGUCGCGUAUUUUCGUCGCCCGCGCUUCGCGCUUGGUGGCGAUGUGGGGUCGAGCUACAAACUUUGUGCGCGCUGCGCGCGCGCUUUUUCUUCUACUGGGCGCGCGGCCGCGCACUCCUUUGCGCGCGCCACACAUGGUGGCGCGUUUGCUGGGAUUGGCAAGAAGUUCUCGCGCAUUGAGGUCGCGCGCGCGGAGUGCGGCGGUGAUGGGUUAAAUUCUCUCGCGCGGGCUGCAGCCAUGCGUCGUGGUUGGAUCGAUGGAAUGGGAUAAAUUCUCCUGCGCUGCGCGCCUGGUGUCCGUUUUUUCGAGCAGGCGGCGCGCGCUCCUUUUCGUGCGCCGCGACCCCCCUGCGUUGUUUGCGGGAAUGAAAAAAAAAACUCCUCGCGCUCCGCCCGCCUGGGCUUUUUCUUUCGUGCUGGCUCCCUUUUUCUGCGCGCCGCACCUAGGUGGCGGCCGGCGGACCGACGUUGUGGGGGCCAAAAAAAAACUCGCGCGCUGCGCGCGCGGGCCACCUCUCGGGCAGGCGCGUGGGUGUUCUCGCGUGCCGCGUCUGGCGCCGUGGGUGGGAGGCCGCUAAGUGGGUCCAUCAAAGAUUUUCGAGGAGCGCCGCGCGCUCCUACGUUAUCGCGCGCCGCACCUAGCUGGUGUGGGCGUGUGUCGCGAAGAUAAUCGUGCGGGCUGCCGCUAGACGGCCGGGCUGCGCCCAGGCUUUGCAGGCUAGCGAAGCCUUGGUUGAGAGGCUGGCAGACUAGCGCCCAGGCUUUGCAGGCUAGCGAAGCCUUGGCUGAGAGGCUGGCUGGCAGACUAGCGCCCAGGCUUUGCAGGCUAGCGAAGCGGAAGCCUGGGCGCCAGGCUGGCAGGCUAGCAAAGCCUGGGCGCCUGGCUGGCAGGCUAGCAAAGCCGGGGCGCCAGGCUGGCAGGCUAGCAGAGCCGGGGUGCCAGGCUGGCAGGCUAGCAGAGCCUGGGUGCCAGCAGGCUGGCAGGCUAACAAAGCCUGGGUUGCCAGCAGGCUGGCAGGCUAGCAAAGCCUGGGUUGCCAGGCUGGUAGCCAGGCCUCCUGGGUUGCUGGCUGGCAACCUAGCAUCACAGAUAGAGAAUCUCUAUCCCAGAUAGAGAUUCUCUAUCCCAGAUGGAGAAUCUCUAUUUGGGAUGGAGAAUCUCUAUUUCGGCUUCGCCACUGGUGGAGGAGCUGCUGAAAUAUAGUAAAAAACAUGUGGGAAAACAGUAAGAAACAGAAAAAGAAGAAAAAAGAAAGAAAAAGAAAGAAAGAAAAAGAAAAAAGUGAUACUCUUUAUCGAGAAUUUCUAUUUUCCUCGGAGAAUCUCUAUUUCAAAUAGAGAUUCUCUGAGAUUUUCUAUUUCGAGAGCCUCCAUUAUACAUCUUCAUGAGCUAGCAGUUUGUGCUUUCCAAAUCCGGUACAGUACCCGCAGUUCCACCCAAGAGUACAACUAGAGGCUACCCUUUUUACUAUUCGAACAACGUCCCACCUCCCAUAAAAAAUAUCUCCCACAAGAAUUCCUGCAAAUCCCAAUCGCUGUCCACCCGAUUUACUUACUUACAACUAGUCCAACUCCAGGGUACUAUCAGUAUUUUUCCGUACGUAAAAAUGUUGUCCGCCGCUCGCGUCCGCCCAUGCUUUUUCACCGCGUCCGUAAAGCACCAGUUGAGGUGUGGGGCUGGUGCGGCAGCAGGAUCAGCUCCUGUGGGGGAGAGGAGUAGGAGCGAUCUUUAUCAGACGACAAGACGAUUUUUUGCCUCGUCCAGCUCCUCCAAGUACUACGACAAUUCCAAGGCGCAGAGGGAUUACGAGCGCAGCCAGACCUUCAUGGAGAAGCUGAAGGAGAAGAACGAAGCGCCGGUGGAGACAGGUAAAAAUGAUUCAAGACUGCAGGCAGAGACAACUUCAACACCGCCAGCGGCAGCAGGAGAACCAGCAGCAGCAGCAGCAACUUCUUCGAAAAUCACCUCUGCGACCGUGCGGGACCAGCAGAAGGUGCUGUUUCCCCGGUUGACCGAGGAAGCGAGCGAGGAGGAAUUCGGCGAGGCCGACGAGAAAAGCGGCAGUAUGAAGAAGGAGGUUGGGUUCAAAUACCUGGGAAAGGAACCAACCAGCUACGGAGACUGGUCGCACAAGGGACGGGUCACCGACUUUUGAAGCUACCACCGGCCGCACUGGUUGUAGUUCUGAAUUGUUUGUAUGAAGAAGAGUCCUCUAGGUUGAAUCGCGACGGCGUUGACGAAAAAGCAAGAAGAACUACCACUUUAAAUCCAAAAACAAAAUGCUAUUGUGCCAACAAAAAGAGGAUUUACUUGCUAGUAGUACAGCAGUGUGAAGAUGAUAAACUUACAGCAAUCUAUAAUUUUCAAGAACAU